CGCUGAUGCGCUGGCGGCGCUAGCUCCCAAUAUUUCUCUUCUGCAUUGUGACAAGACUAAAUUGAAAUGGCUGGAACAAUCUGCAGGGGAUCUUUCUACAAGCUUCAAGGACUUGGCCUCCAACAAUCGUUAAUCAGAACUUUCUCCUUCUCCCAAUCUUCAAUGGCAAAGAUCCUGCAGGAACCUAAUCUACGCUUUGUCCCCGAGAGCAACCCAGUUCUGGAGAGUGAUAUCAAACUUGCAGACUUUGUUGAAAAGCACAAAAGGAUUUUCGUCCUUACUGGGGCUGGUAUGUCAACUGCUAGUGGAAUACCUGAUUACCGAUCAGAGGGGGUGGGGCUCUAUGCAAGGGGUGACAAACGCCCAAUUCAACAUGGAGACUUUUUAAAAAGUGAGAAAAACCGGCAGAGAUAUUGGGCUCGAAAUUAUGUUGGCUGGCCCAAAUUUUCAUCGGUCUUGCCAAAUAGUGGACACAAGAUUCUUAGUGACUGGGAAAAAAGGAAGAAAAUCUCCUGGCUUGUGACCCAAAAUGUUGAUGCUCUUCACCACAAGGCUGGGAGCAGGAACGUGACUGAGCUGCAUGGUUGUUCUCACCGGGUGGAGUGUUUGCAGUGCGGUUCUGGCAUGAUGCGUCAUCGGCUCCAGGAGUUGAUAGCGGACAUGAAUCCACACUUCCAUGAAGAAUCUCUUGACAUUGCCCCAGAUGGUGAUGUGCAGCUUUCAGAUUAUCAAGUUAGGAGUUUUCAGGUUCCAUCUUGUCCUUCUUGUGGCGGCGUCCUCCAACCUCAGAUUGUAUUCUUUGGUGCCAACGUUGCCAAACCCAUUGUAAUGUUCGUCUUCAGGAAAGUGGAAGAAUGUGACAGCGUAUUGGUCCUUGGGUCUUCACUGGAGGUUUACUCUGGGUACAGGUUUGUUGUUGCCGCCUCAAAACGUGAGCUACCGAUAGCCAUCGUCAAUAUUGGCCCGACACGUGCCGAGGACCUAGCCACAAUCAAAAUCCGUGGACAAUGUAUGGACGUACUUGAACGGACUGAUGCUCUCUUGCAAGAACGAUUCAAAGCCAGUUAAUUCUGAUGCGACUGAAUUUUGGAUUGGCUAAAGUAAAGGCCUUGGGUGCCCAAUGAUGUAGAUGUAUGUCUCUUACGCCUGGCUGUUAGGUGCCCAAGGGCAAAGAUCAACAUUGCAACAAAGGGUUUGAAGUUCAAAAGCGAAGCAUUGGUUUGUAAAGCAUAGAUUAUUGUGAUUCUAGAUGCUCU